GCGCCCAGCCGUCGGUGACUCGCCGUAGUGCGGCGCAGCCCGUGAUAUCGUAAUCGUUUCCGCAGAAUAUUACCGUCGAUAUUGUGUACUAUCUGGACGGCGGCCGCGGCAGCCGGUAACUGGUAACAUACUGCACAGUGAUCCAACGGCGUUCGUCUCGCUCGCUCGUGCCGGCGUUCGUUCAGUAACAAUCGCCGUUUGCCUACGCGCGUUAAACGUUUUCCCGCGAUAAAAACAACACGGUUUUAUUUUCACCCGGCGUCAUUAUGGGUUUAUCGGGAUACUUGCCGGUGGCCAACGUGGCCGUGCACUUGGUGGCAUCUGUCACCAUGGUGUAUUCUGUGUACUAUAACUACGCGCACGUAAACAUACCUGCCCACGUGAACCCUAUCGACGAGGCUUACGGUGGAAAAUUCAAGUAUCUCACGUUUUUGGACGGAUGUUUCUCUGCUUUAUUUUUCACCUACGCAUUGGUUGUGGACAUUUGUUCAAUGGUUUCCUCAUCCGAAACACCGACUUUUGAUAAACUAUCUCAAGUAAAAAGCUAUUUCUUCACCAGUAUUGCGUUUCCAUUGAGUAUGUUUGUAUCCACGACGUUUUGGAGCUUGUGGUUCCUCGAUCGCAAUUUGGUAAUGCCCAAAAACUUUGACAUCUACUUCCCAAGCUGGUUAAACCACACUAUGCAUACAUUUGUGUUCGUGUUUGCUUGUUUGGAAAUGAUCACUGCUUACCGGCCGUACCCGUCUCGUGUUCAUGGAUUGGGAAUACAUUUAGGUUUUCAGUUGAUAUACUUAGUAUGGAUUCAUAUUGUGUACAGCCAAUGUAGUAUGUGGGUGUACCCAAUUCUCAGCCAAUUGAACAUGUUGCUUAGGUGGUUAUUCUUUUUAGGGACAUUCGUAUACACCACCGCGCUGUAUUUAAUCGGAGAAUACGUGAACCUAAAAUUAUGGGGUUUUCAACCCCAAAAGGUACAAAAUGAGUACACCCCUUAGAUUAUUUUGCUUCCCUUCUUUUAAUACUUUUAUCAUGAUUAACGUCGUGGCAAACACGGAAAUAAAUGGGAUUCAAGACGAGACUGUAAUGAACCAAAAAAAAAAAAAAAAUGGAUUUUUAUGACAAAUUGUAUAAAAUAAUUAAAACUUUGUAUUUUAUGUGUACUAGAUAUUAUUAUAAUUAACUUUUUAAUAUUGCCAUAUUGACUUUUGGUUUUAUUAUUAUUAUUAUUUUUUGUAAAAUAUUGAUAAAAUGACAUACGAUUUUGUGAUUUGUGUUGUAUUAUAUCAGUUUAUUUCUUCUUGAUAUUUUAUCUUCCAAUUUGUUUGUAAUUAUUUACCAAAAUACAAUGUUGUGUAAGUUAUGAA